AUGGCGCACCAGCUGGCAAGUGACCAGGAUGUGCUGUCAGCUGCUGCCAGUCUUCACCAGCCAGCAAUGGAGAAUCCCUGGCUCAAUGCUUGCUUUGGCCUUUUGGAUUACAAAACAGAGAAAUUCGCAGUGAUCAGGAACAGAAAAGUUGGGAUCUUGUACCGCCUGAUCCAACUUGGAAUCCUUGGCUACGUUUUGGGGUGGGUGCUUCUAGCCAAGAAGGGUUACCAGGAGAGGGACACUGAUCCCCACAUCUCUGUGAUCACCAAGCUGAAAGGGAUUUCAGUCACACACAUUAAGGAACUAGGAGACAGACUAUGGGAUGUGGCAGAUUACAUGAAACCUCCACAGGGAGAAAAUGUCUUCUUUGUGGUGACCAACUUCAUUGCCACUCCAAAGCAAGUGGAAGGCUUAUGCCCCGAGCACCCCUCUAUCCUUGAUGGAAAUUGCAGGCAAGAUUUGGACUGUUUUGCAGGACAGCCCGUUGUCCAUGGAAAUGGUAUAAAAACUGGGAAGUGUGUCCAAUUUAAUGCCUCUCAUAGCAGCUGUGAGAUCUACGGGUGGUGUCCAGUGGAAAAUGGAGCCUUGCCUAGGAAACCGCUUCUGGCCGAAGCAGGGAAUUUCACUCUCUUCAUUAAAAUCACCAUCCACUUUGCCAAGUUUAACCUCUCCAGGACCAACGUUUUAAAGACAACGGAUGAUGCCUACUUCAAGGGGUGCCGGUACAGUGACCGUGAAAGCCCUUAUUGCCCUGUCUUCCGCCUUCAGGACAUGGUCAGCGCAGCUGGAGGGAGAUUUGACGAGCUGGCGACCUCGGGGGGAGCCCUUGGCCUGCAGGUCGGCUGGGACUGCAACUUCGACCGGCCUCCAUCAGAAUGCCAGCCUCGCUACUCCUUCCGCCUCCUGGAGAAGGCGUUCAAUUUCAGAACUGCCACCUAUUAUCAGGAUCCGGUGCAUGGCCUCUCCAGGAGCUUGCUGAAACUCUAUGGCAUCCGUUUUGACAUUUUGGUCCGGGGCCAGGCAGGAAAAUUUGGCCUCAUACCCACAACUGUCAACUUGGGUGCAGGGAUUGCGUUCCUUGGAGCAGGUGCUGUAUUUUGUGACCUUGUUCUGUUGUACUUUGACACUAAAGCCAAAUUUUAUCGGAGUGAGAAGUACGAGGAGGCAAAGCCACCAAAAGCCAAAGUCAACAUAGCUUUGAAACCAGAUGACUUAAAAGGAGAAAAUGGAUCCAGGAACGAUACUUGA